AUGCCCAAACAAGAGUCACACGAAAAACAAUACUACCUUGAGACACAUCCAUAUGUAUCUUUUGGGGAUAGCGGUACAACAGCGAGUCUCAACGCAUUCGGAGAUCUCAUACAAAUCUCCCAGACCCACGGUUCCAGUCGCUCAGGCUUCUUCUGCUUGGAUCUUCCUGACACGUUCGAGCCUUAUUGGGUCCGAAUACGGGCAAGACAACUUAUGAGCGCUCGUGAGGUCAAUGGACAAAGUGGGGGCGCGUAUACAUUCAGUCCGGACUUGAGUCUCUACGAGUCUCCUCAAACAAGGCAUGAAUUCAUCCAUGAUCGAUGGCCACUCAUUACCUUGGAAUAUGAACGCGUCACAGCCGAAGUAUUACAUGUCGCAUUCCAAGGUGCUAUCUUCCAGCAAUAUCAGUGGUCGACGAAAUCAGACCCUAUCCAUUAUUCGUCUGGAUUGGACAUCACUAUGGCAGCGAAACUGCUGAUACGGGACCUGGACUUCAUCGAUACUGCGUAUUCAUUCAACGAUGACGAAUUCCCUAAGAACUAUUCGUAUCGAAUUAGUGAAGAUGGUUACGGAUUCAUACUUGAACAUGAGGGCUUGUUCCGGAACGACAAGGAGUGUGAAGAAUGGGAAAAAUUUGAUUCCGUCUUCCUGGCUGUCUCCAUGUUUAUCAAUGGUGUAGCCCAAAAGCUUGAGCUCAGUAACAACUACGAUGAUCCUGUCAUAGUUGUGAACUCUCCAGAAUUCUUUGUGGUAAAAGGUCAUCCUCUCCAAAUCACUGUGGGUUACAAGAUCUUGGUUCGUGACAAAGAUUGGGACGGUGAUUCGAACUCCGACACGGCCGCAGAAUCUUUGACCGAUACACCAUUCCAAUUGAUCAAGCUUGCUAAUUACGGAAGGCUAUUCAAGUUGGACAAGGACGGUGUCUUUUUGACAGAGCUCAAGGCUCUUGCGACCAACUGGAUUCAGGUACUCGAAACUGCCAACGCUCGAGGGUUUUAUGCAUUCCCUCGCCCCAAGACAGAUCCUACAACACUAAACGAAUUCCGCUUGGACGAUCACGUUUGGAUGUGGAGAGCCCUUAGCGCCGUCAAGGACAUGGUCCGGGGCAACGAGCUCGGCAAUUUCAAGCUUCGAUCAACGCGACGCCGGCGUGAAGCAUCCGAAGAGAGCUUUGAGAAGGUGGAGAGCAAUUUGAAUGCAGAAUACUCUCCAGAUAUGUUUCAAAAGCACGUCUUGAGACGGUUCACGACUGAGAAUCCUGUCUCUAAGCAAAGGAUGCUUGCUGUAGCACGAUCACCCGUCGAGAACAGGUUUUAUCUCCACUCUCGAGAUACCGCAUUACUCUACAAAGAAAACUCAACGUUCUUCUCGAAGUACGAUGCUCUCUGGAAAGCUACCAUGAACGUGCAGAGAUUUCACGAGGAGUCUGAAGAUUUUGGCCGGGGUAAUCCGUUGCGAUACACGCUCGAUAUCAUGCGCGAGACAAUCGAUUGCAUAGCCGCAAAAGAUUUAUUGCUACAGAGCUCGUCUGCGAAUGGGCUCUUCCCAGGUGCACUGGAUCCUUUGACUAAGGAGCCUGAGAUGUCCUAUGAGGAAAAAUGGAGGGACCAUUACUGGCAUCGAACUUUCGAAGUUCCUUACAUACUUUGGGAAUGCCGAGACUCCGACAUAUUUCAAUCGGUCUUGAGCAAGGAUUCUGCUCAAGUUCAGAAGGAAUCGAUCAACAUUCCUGUCCAAGUUCAGAAAGAUCUGAGCAAUGUUCCUGCCCACACUCAGAGGGAUGUGAGCAUUAUUCUUUCUAAAAUCCAGAAGGAAUUCAAUGAUGCUCUGGCCCAAGGUCAGAAAGAUUUACCUGCAAGUUCACUAGCUUCAGAUUUGUACCCGACUCAAAUGACGAUGAAGAAAAGGAUACCGUUUAAUAACGUCAUUGUUCAACAAAGCAUUGUUGAAUUGUCAGAUGAAUGGCUCUAUAGGUUUCCAAGCUUUUUUCAUUCUGAAUUGUCUGCUGAAGACACUGUACCUGUCGAGGACACUGUCAAGAACAAAGACGCGACUGCCAUACCGCAUGGCGUCAUCAUCGACAUCCCAAAGACUGACCGUAGCAAGGAAUACGAAGAUCCUUUAGUUAAUGUUGAACUGCUGGAUAACGAAGACAUGUACAACAAGCUUAGAAAAGAGCGUUCAGUACAUAACAGCAAGAAACGGCUCAUAUGGAUCACGAAUCCCGACACAGAUACUAAGAGAUUCUGCUGCAUCACAUCUGCUGAUGAUGAGUCAGAUUCGUUGAACCUUUUCUUUGGAAGGCACAACAAUAAGGCCAAAUACUUCUCCGAUGAAGUGACUGCUGCUGCGAACUUGUGGACAACCGAGCUGCACCUUUCAUCCUACCGACUUAUCCGUCAGACAAGGACUGGCAAAAGGGCCAGUAUGAUGUUUCUAGGAAACAAUGACUUACUGAUAGAAAGAGCAGGUGCGGGAUUUCGGUUUGUAGGUGACUUCUUCGAUCGUUAUUGGACUUGUCACGCUCUUGAGACCGAGCCGGAGUUUGUUUCGCCCUCAUUCAGAUGGACGGGCUUGACUCCUGAGGACGAGCCAGAAAGCACUGAGAAGCUUGAAAAGAUGCUCAAGCUGAAGGAGUUGAAGCUGGACUUUGAGCAACAAAAGGAGCCAUGGAAGCAGCGCAAGGUGCUGGAACUCCUUCUGCUCGAUCGAAUGCUUCGGGAGCUAACGCAGCGAUACGAUGAAAUCAUAGGGGAGAUAGGCCAACAGCUAGAGCGGCUGUUUGUUCACACGGCGAGAACAGAUAGCAAGAAUACCAAAGAAGAGAAAGUCAAAGGGAACAUAGUAUCCAUCUCGAACGAGCUGUUCUCUAGACAGAUGAACAAUGGUGCUUAUCUGGUGUUCCGUAAGACAUGGCCGGCCUUACAAUAUUCUCUCCAAGUUAUUGAGGAAGAUCUCAAGGAAGUCUUGGAGAAGAUUGACAUAUGGAACACCCGUAAAGCAGAUCGAAGACCUGAAGAGCCGCGAUGGACAAAGAACGACGAAGGAAGAUACCGGGCUGCUAUCACCAAGCUCACAAAUGAGAACUUGCAUGCGAUUCGAGACUUGCGAUAUCACCUAGCCACCAUCCAGUCGUUAAGAGUCUCUCUCUCAAGCGGGCUCGAUUCCACAAGAGACGAGUUGAGCUUUCAGAACGCAGAGAACAUUCGAUAUUUCACGUUCCUCACUGCCGUAUUUCUGCCACUUGGAUUCGCUACAGGAAUCUGGAGCAUGGCCGAUUCAUCUCCUCGUAGCGAAAGCAUAAAAGGAAUGGUGGUUACAGCUGUCAUUACAUUGUUCCUGACAUUCACUGUAUUGAUCAAUGUGCAAAGAUUCAACGAAUACUUGAGCCUUUAUACUUCUCGUACGUUCUGGGAGAAGCGCAACGGAGCGCAAACGAGUGUGCACCAAGAACAGCAGGGUGAUUCCUCUGAGCGCGAUCGUCCAACGCAUGGAUUCGGUAAAAUUCGACGGAUUCAACUGCCUGGGUUGAGGAAAAGAAAAAAAGCAGGGAAAUCCAACGAAUCCCUAGCCUGA